AUGAUCAAGUUUGUUGCCAACCUUUACCAAAUGUACAGCCAAGAUGCAUUCAUAAAUGUACUUUCCAUAAAUAGCAACUACCACUGUGUCCACACAACAGUCAACUGUAGCGACUACUGUAGCCUCGACCACAUCAACAUCGACAGUGGCAUCGACAUCGGUCUCGACUCAAUCGACUGUUGCCAGCACUGUGGCAUCCACCACGACAGCACCAGCUUCCACCACAUUCUCGACAAUAGUCUCUACCUCGGGUGUCUCAUCAACCAUCACCCAGACCACGACUGCGACCACUACGGGUGUGACGACAGCAAUAGUAUCAACUGGAUCAACGAUAUACGUCAGCCGAGCGAGCCUUAUGUGGCCGGCUCCAUGCUCACACUCAAGCGCAAGGCCGACAACACGGUGUAUGGCACACAGACCACCACAGCCAACAGCCCCAGCUACUUGUUCAGCAACGUUCCAUUCGGCGACUAUUGCAUAUCCGCGUCGGUACCCACCGGCUACAACCGCCUGGAUGUGGUCAACGCGGACAAUGCAUUCGAUAGCACCAACAACUUCUGUUUCUCGCUGCUCGCCGACAGGGUGAUCAACGCUGGCUUCAGGAAGCCCAACUACAAGAUCAGUGGAUUCGUCUGGGAGGACACCAACACGGACAACCUGCACCAGAGCACCGACCCCUUCGUGGCGGGCUCCCAGUUCACUCUCAAGAAGAAGGACAACGAUCGUUGGCAUACAGACUGCCACGGCCAACAACCCCGGCUACGCAUUCAACAACGUCCAGGCGGGCGACUAUUGUAUCUCGUCAAUGCUGACAAUGCAUUCGACGUCAACAACAACUUCUGCUUCACCCUGUCCGCAGACCGCGCCAUCAACGCUGGCUUCAGGAGGAAGCUGUUCAAGGUGUCUGGAUUCUCGUUUGAAGACACCAACAAUGAUAAUGGGCGCCAGACUUUCGACCCAUUCAUGGUCGGCACAGUGAUGACCCUCAAGCGGACGGACGGCACGACGUACGCUGUACAGAACUCCAUCGAUGGCAACCCCGGCUUCACAUUCAACAACGUGCCCGCCGACAACUAUUGCAUCACCUCUUCGAUACCAGCCGGCUACGACCGUCUCUCGGUCGUCAACAACGACAAUGACUUUGCCGAGGACAACAGCCCACUUUGUUUCCUAUUGUCGGCUGACUUUGUCGCCAACUCUGGCUUCAGGAAACAGCCCAUUGGUGGCGUGAUCACGGUCAUCUCCUACCUGGACGACAACAUCAACAGACGAUACGAUGGAGUGGACGGUGGCGACUUUGGCUCGCCCAUCGAGUCCACCCUGACCAACUCUGACACUGGUGCAUUCAUCGAGAGGAUUGUUGGUUCUGGUGGUCCAGACACUGAGACCAUCAAUGUAUUCAAGACAGUGCCAGCUGGCCACUAUUGUGUCCAGAAUGUUCUACAAAAUGGUGGAGUACCAUUCGCUGCUUGGAACAAUCAAUGGAACAACUUUAAUGACCAAGGCAAAUACUGUUUUGACCUAAUGACAGGUGAUACAACUCUUUAUCAAGCAUCAUCAAUAAUAAACUCUAAAUCAUUUACAUUCAUUCUUCAUUCAUUCAUUAUUUCGUUCGUUCAAUCAAAUACAACAUACAAUCUCACAUUCCAAUUCAAAUAA